GGACCGGAAGUGAGCGGUCGCUCUGGGAGGAUGCCGGGAAGCAGGUCCCCGGGUGGCGCGUCGCGGGGCGGGCCGCGUCCCGGAAGCCAGGUGGGAGGUAUGCACCGCGCAGUCGGGGUACCUAGAUUCCUGUCCUCAUGAUCGCGGCAGCAUUCUUCUCUGUGCCCACGCAGCGCAGGGCAAAUGGAAGCACUGCGUACCCGAAGUUGAGAGUCCUGGCUUCUAGUCCUGCCCCUUCCUCUCACUUGGAGUUUGACAAGGAAUCCAGCAGAUUCCAAACUCCAAGUUAGAUUAUCCGGAGGCUGGACAUUGAUCAAAUCACUACUUUCUUUGAGCCAGUUUCUUCAUCUCUAAGAUGGAUAAAAUAGUACCUGCUUCACAGGAUCGUGGUCCCUUGCAUUUCUGUAUGAAUUUCAGGAUCAUCUUGUCAGUUUCUGCAAAAAAGGAAUAAAUCUGUAAGAUAAAUUCUUAUUAGUGGAAUUACUGGGUCAAAAGGAAUAUGCAGAGGAAACAUCAGACGAGCCCAAAUUGAGGGACAUUCUGUAAAAUACCUGACUCUUCAAAGUGAUCAAGAUUAUGAGAAACAAGGAAAGACAAAUUCACAGAUCCAGGAAGACUAAGGAGACAUGAGGACUAAAUGCAAUGUGGUAUCUUGGAUUGCAUCCUGAGACAGAAGAAGGACAAAGUUUAGAGUUUAGCUAAUAAUAUGUACUAAUGUUGGUUUCUUAGUUUUGACAAAUGUCCCAUGGUAAUAUAUGAUGUGUAAAUAUUAGGGGAAACUGAGUGAAAGUUAUCUGGGAACUCUCUGUUCUAUCUUUGCAACUUUUCUGAUCAUGUGAAGUUAUUCUAAAAUAAAAAGUUUAUUCUUUAAAAAAGGGCAUUAAUGGAAAAACUGGUAAAAUUUAAGUCUGUAGUAGGGUUAACAGUUUAUCAAUGUUAAAGCCUUAGUUUUGACAAAUGUCCUUUGGUUAUGUAAGGUGUUAACAUUUGGGGAAGCAAGGUAAAGGGUAUACAGAGAUGCUCUGUACUAUCUUUGUACCUUUUAUAUAAACCUAAAAUUAUUUCAAAAUUGAAGUUUUUUAAUGUGCAUUCGUAGUUUUGAAAGAUACUAACAAAUUGCCCUCUACAGAGCAUAAUAAACAGGUAAAAGAAAAGAUAAGGGGAAAGAGUAGAAUUCCCAUGAUGAUGCUAAAACUAUAGCAUCUUCAGUCUUCACCAUAAAAUUGGCAAACGGUUCUUCCCUUAAUGAGUAAAAUUGUUCUUUUUUCCACUUUAAGGAUAUGUAAAUCAUGAUCAUCAGUGUAAUUUUAUUCUAUUUUGUGUUUUAAAAAAUAAAAUUUUCUUUCUUUUUUUCUACAAACCCUCGUGUCGAGGGCUGACUUUCAAUAGAUCGCAGCGAGGGAGCUGCUCUGCUACGUACGAAACCCCGACCCAGAAGCAGGUUGUCUACGGAUGGUUUAGCACCAGGUUCCCCACGAACGUGCGGUGCCUGACGGGCGAGGGGGCGGCCGCCUUUCCGGCCGCGCCCCGUGUCCCAGGACAAAGGGCUCUCCGCACCAGACCCCGGUCCCCAUCAGUGUAAUUUUAAAACUGGGAUAUACAUAUAAAACAAUCUGAAGCUCAGAAGUUAGAAGACGUGGUCAUAGAGAUAACUGACUUUGGAACAUUCUCUCCUGAGAACCCAGUACUGGGAAAUGCACCCAGGACCUCAUGCAUGCUACGCACAUGCUCUAGUGCUGAGCUAUGCCCUCCCUUCCAGAGAUUCAUACUUUUUAGCAGACACUGAGUCAGUGGAAGCAUCAUUGCUGAUUUUGCUGGAUGGCCUCAGACUGCCAGAAUCUCCACUUAGGGCAGUGGGAAUCUUCUUUGUGGAACGCUAGGCAUGAGCUUUGUCAUUGGUUGGCCCAGAAGGAGGAGGCAGAAUGUCUGCAUUGUUACAUCACAGAGUUCAAACUUCAGAAGACCUUGAGUUAAGCAGUGUCACUUACUCUGCAGAUGAUUGUCUUCGCCUGUCCUCUGUGAUCAUCACAGACUCAUGAAACACCUUUUAGGUCUUAUGAAUUCAGGUUACACUGUUUUCCAGAUGCUCUGGCAGCUGAUACAGGACCUGUGAAAAAUGGAACCAAAUUCUCUAAGGACUAAAGUCCCAGCUUUCUUAUCUGAUUUGGGAAAGGCCACAUUGAGGGGAAUCCGGAAGUGUCCCCGGUGCGGCACAUACAAUGGAACCCGGGGACUGAGCUGUAAGAACAAGACCUGUGGAACCAUAUUCCGCUAUGGUGCGCGGAAGCAGCCUAGUGUGGAAGCUGUCAAGAUCAUAACAGGGUCCGAUCUGCAAGUCUACUCCGUGCGGCAAAGAGACCGGGGCCCUGAUUACCGGUGUUUUGUGGAACUAGGUGUUUCAGAGACGACAAUCCAGACGGUGGAUGGGACGAUCAUCACUCAGCUGAGCUCUGGACGGUGUUAUGUCCCCUCAUGCCUGAAAGCUGCCACCCAGGGUGUUGUGGAAAACCAGUGCCAGCACAUCAAGCUGGCAGUCAACUGCCAGGCAGAGGCUACCCCUCUGACUCUAAAGAGCUCGGUCCUGAAUGCAAUGCAGGCCUCUCCAGAAACCAAGCAAACCAUCUGGCAGUUGGCCACCGAACCCACAGGUCCCCUUGUACAGAGGAUUACUAAAAACAUUUUGGUGGUGAAAUGCAAGGCAAGCCAGAAGCAUAGUCUGGGAUAUUUGCAUACAUCCUUUGUGCAGAAAAUCAGUGCCAAGAGCUUGCCCGAGCGCCGUUUCUUCUGCUCCUGCCAGACUCUGAAAUCACACAAGUUGAAUGCCUCCAAGGAUGAGGCGGUCCAGAGAUGCAUUCAUUUCUUUGCUUGCAUCUGUGCCUUUGCCAGUGACGAGACAUUGGCUCAGGAAUUCUCAGACUUCCUAAAUUUUGAUUCCAGCGGUCUUAAAGAGAUUAUUGUGCCCCAGUUAGGCUGCCAUUCAGAAUCAACAGUAUCAGCGUGUGAGUCUACUGCCUCUAAGCCAAAGAAGAGGAAAAAGGAGGAAGUACCUGGUGCACAGACAAACAGUUCGCUGUUGCCUCAAGACACAGUGAGCAGUAAUCUAAGGAAAAGUGGCCUGAAAAAGCCGGUGGUUGCUUCUGCAUUAAAAAGGCAGGCCUGUGGUCAGCUGUUAGAUGAGGCACAAGUGACCUUAUCCUUUCAAGACUGGCUGGCCAGUGUCACAGAACGCAUCCAUCAAACCAUGCACUAUCAGUUUGAUGGCAAACCAGAGCCACUGGUGUUCCACAUUCCUCAGUCCUUUUUUGAUGCCCUGCAGCAGAGGAUAUCCAUAGGAAGUGCAAAAAAACGGCUCCCCAACUCCACCACAGCUUUUGUUCGCAAAGAUGCCUUGCCCCUGGGAACUUUUUCCAAGUAUACCUGGCACAUCACGAAUAUCCUGCAAGUUAAACAAAUCUUAGAUACCCCAGAGAUGCCCUUGGAAAUCACCAGGAGUUUUAUCCAGAACCGAGAUGGGACUUACGAGCUGUUUAAAUGCCCUAAAGUAGAAGUAGAGAGCAUAGCAGAAACCUACGGUCGUGUAGAAAAGCAACCAGUGCUGCGACCCUUGGAACUAAAAACUUUUCUCAAAGUUGGCAACACCUCCCCAGAUCAAAAGGAGCCAACACCUUUCAUCAUUGAGUGGAUCCCGGAUAUUCUCCCCCAGUCCAAGAUUGGCGAGCUGCGAAUCAAGUUUGAGUACGGCCACCACCGGAAUGGGCAUGUGGCGGAGUACCAAGACCAGCGGCCCCCACUGGACCAGCCCUUGGAACUGGCCCCUCUGACCACCAUCACUUUCCCUUGAGGCAAAACAAAAGAGUCUUUUGCUGCUAAAUUUGCACAUCCCCACCCUUUGACAACUUUAAAUACUAGUUAGGCACUUAGAUGGCCUUGUUCUUAGUGAACCACUCUUAGCUAAGAUGCAGUUUCUCGGUGCAUUCAAGUGGAUUCUGUUGGGAAAAAAACUCUUCUUGUAAAUAGCCCUUUUGGUGCUGCUGUGUAGAGUCUUCAUUAUAAAUUGGGUGGUAUUUCUGGCUAGAGUUUUUAAAGGAGCAAAAAGAAAACCAGCCCACUCUCCUUCUUAAAGAACGCACCUUUAGAGUUUGUUUCAAUCUUUUUCUAAUUCUCUAAGAAGUUAGCAGCACUCUGUCUUACAUCAACAGUGUUGGAAAGUUAAUACUACCCUGGCUAGGGUAUGCAGAAUGUUAAGGACCAUUCUGGCAGAGUUCUGGUCAUGCCCUUUUUUUGUGUUCUCAAAUAAAGCACAGUGUCACUAGUUUUUCCAAA